AUGCGUCAACUGCUUCUUCUGAUGACUGGAACCUUUGACCACGCAGUCUGUUUUUAAUUUUCGGGAAAGUAAAGAAAUUGUUAGGACUUAGAUCGGGACUAUAUGAAGGAUGGUCCAAUAAUUCCACGUUUUCUUCCGUUAAAUACUUCCUCUUUUUUUGGGCUGUGUGCGAGCUUGCAUUGUCUUGGUGGGGUUUAUUUUUCGAAGCUCGGUAAUGACUUUUGGCAAACAAAUGUAACAGUAACAAAUCUUUGCUCAUUAAGAGAAAUUGUUGGAUAACAAUGCUGUACACAUUUUUUAAGUUUCUAGAAUUGAAACGGUCAAGCGUUUUUUGACACCAAUUAACCCUGGCUGCUUUCUGCUCUUCAGUCAACAGGUGGGGUAUCCAACGAAAAACUAAUUUUCUUACUCCU